AUGAUGACUGAAACGAUGCCGUCAUCUCUUAAUCGGAGAAUUUUGGACACCGAUGGCGAUGUAGUAGCCCGUUGGUCAGUUCCCAUGCAAGAUAUCGUACACCUCGUCGAAUUUGAACACGGAACCACCACCGGAAAACGUGUGUGCAGAGUCGAUGGCGAGGUGGUUCUCCGCUACGACUGGAAAUUCAAACUCGUUGGAAAAGACGAUUUUGAGAUCGGUUCUACAAAAUGCUCGAUCAACGUCGAAGCCCUUGGCACGUUUGCUUAUAGCUAUUCCUUAGAAGUGGAUGGAAAAAAGUUCGAGACAUUCCGGGAGGAAAUGAAGCGGAAAUUAAUUUCUUGGAAGACGAACAUCGCCGGGCAGGAAACUCGGAUAUGUCUGGAUAAAGACACAAUGGAGGUUUGGGCGAAUGGUGUAAAAAUGGAUACAGCGGGAGAAUUUGUCGAAGGUGGAUCGGAAACGCAUUUUGAGCUAAAAGGCUCGGUCUGUGUCAUAAAAGCCAUUUCUUCCGGCAGAAAACGGACCGGUGUCACUCAGGAACUCUACGUCAAUAAUAAGCACGUCCCCAGAUGCCUGAAAGAA